CUGCACCCCCUCUACGCCGUAUUCCUCUUCUCACGUCAAUGAACGCGCCAUACAAGUCGUUCUAUUCACCAGAAACAAUAGUCUCAAUCCAGUGUAUACGUCUCCCCAGAUCAUGCUUUGCUGAGGCCCCAUGGCGGCUUCAGUUUGGCACAACGCUGUAAACACAGCAACCACGACCGCGACCACGACCGCUUCCUACGCGUCUCUACCAAAUGGAUCUUGCAACUUCCGUCCGCUGAGUUGCGGCUCCCAAGCCGCGACCUGUGGCUGCCGUAGAUUCUGGCUCGACAAGCCGCUAUAUAGUCAAAAUGGAUCUUCAGUACUCUGCGCUUGCGGCCAUCACGCUUGUUUCCACGACGUUACAGUCGAUGCCAAUCCACCUCCCACCUUGAUGCGACACAGUAGCGCCCCCUCGGUACCGGCAGAUAACAAUGUCGGACACAGCAACAGUCUCCUUGUUGGUCCUCAGAUCCAACCACCUAUCAUUCCUCCACAAGAUAAGAGCAGACACGAUCGCAUCAAACGACCAGAGGUCGCGCCGCUAUCGAACGACGUCUGGGGGAGCUUGAACAACUUUGCGCGAUGGCAGCAAGAUCCUACCUGGGUCCCUUCCACUGCGCCGGCUAGCGUUCUGUCUUACGAACCACAAAAUGAACGACGUCGCGCGCCGAGUGAGCCAUCGCCAGUCAAGAGUACAACUUCGAACGAAAGGCGAUAUGCCUCACUGUUCCCAAACAUGGAUGGCUUGAUGGGUAGUCCUACCGUCCAAGGAACUCCUACCGCCGAGUACGUGCCCGAUUCAAUACGGAUAGAGGUACCACCCAAUGCCCACCACAGUCAAGGCGAUCCUGAAUCGACACAAUCCCAGCCAUCAAUGCCGUUGGACGCAAAAACAGAAGUCUGCCAGGUCGAGGACGCGAGACCAUGUCUGGAAGUCACCAAGUUCAUCGACCACAGAUCAAAGGAGGCGCCGAGUACACCCGACAAGACCAUAUCAACAGAUGUACAAAAUAUCCUGCAGAGUUGUGUACGACGCUUGGAGACGCUCGAAACCUACUCGUUCUCUCACGUGCCCUUGGACGAAGUGCAAGAAAAGUUCGAGCUGUUCGACGGUCGCUUACUUGAGAUGGAAUACUGGAAAAAGGAUAUUGACGCUCGCUUGGAGAAUUCUCAAUUGGCAUUGGAAGACCAAGAUUCGCAAGCCUCGACAUCUUUCCAGAUGCUCCAGACCCGUAGUAGCAAAGCGCUGUUUUCGCGGGUGUCAGAUGUAGAACAACGUCUGGCGGAUCUGGAGAGUGCACAACCGUCAUAUGCCAAUCCAUGGGAGAUCGAAGUUGUCCUUCUUCCUUUUGGACGUACUCUGAAGGGGGUGUGGCAUGAUUCGACAAACUCUGACCCAAAUCCACUCCCUAGCACGCCUGGCGCCCAGUGUGAUGAAAGGAGAUCAUCCGGUGGACUGCUUGCGCUGACUGGGAACAAGGGACCUGCCUGGACUUUCGACACUAUCGAGGCCUGGGCGAGCACGAUCAACCCAUGGCUUUGGCCGAAAGCACCCGGACCCAAUAGCAACUUAUUUAGGCGCCUACAAAGUCGAGGAUUUGUCCGCAAAGUCAGUAUCGUAGAUACCGGCGCACAUGGAAUCUGGGAGUCUGUAAAGGAUGCCUUUGCAGACUUUGUCGAAACACAGCCAUAUCAUCGUACAAAUAACCAACAUCAACCAUACGAAGCAUUGAGAGAGGCAUUUGUGCCUUUGCGAAAGAUUAAGAAAUCCUCGUGGCUCCGAUAUCUGGAACCACACGAGCUGAUCACACCGGCUACAUGGGAUAUAUCAUUCUUGGACACGGGUGUCUUUAUGAAUGGCAAAGGUGGUCGCAAACGACUUUACAUGACCACCGCCGAUGGCUACAUCCAACCAGGAAAGACUGGUUGGACAUGGCCUCAGAUUCGUGAGCUGCCUCGCUACGAAAACGCCAUUGCAAGAUCUGGCUCAUUGUUCAACCGAGAAGCGCCGUCAGAGCCUUUCUGGGGCCACAUGCCUGCUCUCGAUGACGCCCCUAGUUUCUCGUCCUUCAUAUCGCAAGUCAGCAACACUUCUCUUGGCAAACGUCGAAGCUCUGGCAUCACAUUCGAAGAUCAAGAGCCAGCAAGCCCGUCAGUAAGAUCGUAUACCUCGAGCUCAUCUGGCGACACGAUCACGGCUCGAUAUUCAGAGUCCUUCCCGAUCAUUACGAAACGAGUCUCUGAACCAAGACGCCGUACAAGUCCAUCAUGCACACCUGUCGCCUACCAGAAACGACGUCGCACAUCCGGCUCACCGAGCAGAUACCGAGGCGGACUAGAAGAAUUGACACCACGAUGGUCACACGAGCCGCCAACACCCAUGAUGGAGAAUGUGUGGGAAACACGCAGUCAAUGCAGAGCAGGAUCAAGUAGAAAGAGACUCAGCACACCCACCGCCUACGCAACACCACACAGUCACAAUGUCAUCAACGUCCUCGAUCUCGCAAUGGCAGAUGGAGGAGACACUGAGGUAGAAUCUGUACGCUCUGGCGCGGCAGAGAGCGAGCAUGAAUGGGCUGGUCUUGAUGAAGAUGGCGAUGACAGCCAGAUGUCGCAACCAAACUCGCAGUCCAGCUUCUCUGCCAGCGAGUGGCUGGCCGAUGAUGAUGAACGGGAGGAUGUAGACGACGACGGCGACAGUCUUUACGAGCCAUGAGGAAGGAGUAUCUAGGAGUUUUUGCAUAGUUUCUGGUUUGUUUGUACACACAUGUAGCAAUGAGCGGGAGUCUUCGGUUUUUUCUUCUGAAAUAAGCAAGCUUAGAUAUUGUAUCUCAAGAGGCAUUCCCAUCAAGAAGCGGG